UUUCAUUUCUCAUUUUGCAUCAUCAUUCCAACAAACAAAAAAACCUUUCUCUUCUUCAUCUCUUCCCCCUUUUCCUUCUAACCUUUGUUCUUUUUAAUUUUCACUUUUUUUCAAACCCCAAAUCCAAAACCAAAACCCCUUAAUUUCUCAAUGAUAAAACAGUGUCAUCCAUCACUCAUCAAACUCAUAAAACUCUCAAAAAACUUCAAUUCAUGGAGUAUAUAUAAUACAUGUCAUCUCUUUCUCUAAUCUCUAAUCUACAAAGAAAACCUAAACCUAUAAGCAUAAAAAGCUAACCUUGUCCCCUUUUUUAUAUCAUUUUUUUCUCCUUAAAUUAUUAUUAAUAUCACAAAAAUCUUUUCUUCAACCAUAGAUGUUAGAGCCAUGGACAUAACCCCAACACAAACAACAACAACAACACCAUUACCAACCAUUUUAACAACAUCUACAACAACCUUAACAAAAUCACCAGAACAUGAAACCGAAACACCCACCAAAAUCACCACUCCCACUACAACCACAACACCAAAAAUCUCAUCUUUUUCCAACGGUGUUCUCAAACGCCUCCACAACCACCACCACCACCACCUUAACAACCACCACAACAACCUCGUAACUGUUACUUACAAAGAAUGUCUCAAAAACCACGCAGCAAACUUAGGUGGUCACGCCCUCGACGGCUGCGGCGAAUUCAUGACAUCCCCCACCGCAACAUCCGCCGACCCAACAUCCUUAAAAUGCGCUGCCUGUGGCUGUCACCGUAAUUUCCACCGCCGUGAACCCGAAGAGCCACAUCUCUCCACCACCACGCAUGUAAUCGAAUAUCAACCUCACCACCGUCAUCAGCCUCUCCCACCGCCGCCGUUCUCCACCCGCAGCCCGAAUUCAUCCUCUCCACCGCCGAUCUCCUCAACUUACUACCCCUCCGCCCCUCACAUGCUCCUCGCCCUCUCCACCGCCUUGCCGGAAAACGUCUCAGCCCCUAACUCCGCCAUGAUCUCUCCUGGCUCCCACACUAGAAAACGCUUCCGAACAAAAUUCACUCAAGAUCAGAAAGAAAAGAUGCUGAAAUUCGCUGAGAAAGUUGGUUGGAAGAUGCAGAAAAAAGACGAAGAUUAUGUUCAUGAAUUCUGCAACGAAAUCUGUGUUGAUCGAAGUGUUCUCAAAGUUUGGAUGCACAACAACAAAAACACUUUCGCUAAAAAAGACAACAACAUCAACAACCUCAACGACAUCGACAACAACCUCAACAACAUCAACAAUGAGGUUAAUGUUGGUGUUAAGAGUUUCUUGCCUCUUGAGAAUGAAGAACACAACAUCAAUAACAUCAACAAAGGUGAAACAAAACUUGAGAUUCAUACUCAUAAUCAUAAUCAUAAUCAUCACUACCAGAAUGAUGUUGGAGUAACUGUUCGUGCUAAUGGUUCAUCUUCUUCUUGAUCUUUAAUAGAUCUUUAAUUGAUCUUUAAUGGAAGAAAAUUAAAUAAUUUGUUAGAUAGAUUUUUAAGUACUAUGUAUUAUUACUUGGUUAAUUUUUAAUUAAUUAGCUUUUUUUUAAAUUUUAAUUUUAGUUUAUGUAAUGAGAUUAUGGAUGAUGAUGAUUACCACCUUUGUUAACAUUGAAGAGAAUUUAUUAUUUUA